GACAGUUUUUCGUAGCUAAAAGUGACUUGUUUUUGUUGUUUUGCACUGUCAGCGACUCUUGGUCUGCUCCAGUACAACAAAACCUGGUUACAGUGAAGGUUAGAGCUGUGAAGCAUCAUCUGACCUGAGCUCACACUGCUGAUAUCUAUCAAAUCAGAUGUCAUUCUAUCUCUGAAAAUGAAGACGGACAUCGCUUACAACCAGCUGUUUGACAUGGAGAAAAGGCGACAGGAAUCCCACAGGAAGGCACAGGUGUAUUCCAGAUGUGUGAUGGCUCUGGCCACCAUCUCCACUGUGCUGCUGGCCGCCACAGCCCUCUAUCACCUCCUGACACCACGGGUUUCCUCCUCCCAUCCUGCCCCGAGCAGCAGCCUCCGUCUGCCGCAGGCCGAGUCCUGCUCAGACCCCUGCAAGAUUGUUCUGGUGGAGAGUAUUCCUGAAGGACUGGAGUUUAACUCCAGCACCACUCACCCCUCCAUCUUCGAGGCCUGGAUCAAUCUGAUGGCUGAAGCUCGCAGCAGUGUUGACAUUGCCUCCUUCUAUUGGACGCUCACUAACGAAGACACCGGCACUCAUGAGCAGACAGCCUAUCAGGGUGAGACCGUUCUGAAGACGCUAGCUGCUUCUGGGAAGUUGUCAGUUCGUAUCGCAGUGAACACGCCACAGGAGAGUCAACCGCAAGCAGACCUCAGACUGCUCAACAAGUCAGGAGCUGAUAUUAGGACAGUUAACAUGAGAGAGCUCACCUCAGGCGUCCUCCACACAAAGUUCUGGGUUGUGGACAAGAGACACAUUUACAUUGGUAGUGCCAACAUGGACUGGAGGUCCCUCACACAGGUGAAGGAGCUGGGUGCGGUGGUCUACAACUGCAGCUGCUUGGCUGCAGACCUGGGGAAGAUCUUUGAGGCCUAUUGGUUUCUGGGGGAGAGUCAGUCAAUCCCAUCGCCUUGGCCCAGCAGCUUCUCCACCCUCUACAACAAAGACACGCCCCUCCAGCUGCCACUCAACAACACGCCGUCCAACGUCUACCUGUCGAGUUCCCCUCCGUCUUUCUGUGCCGCCGGCAGGACUCCAGACCUUCAGUCCAUCCUCAGUGUGAUGGAGGAUGCCCAGAGCUUUAUCUACAUUGCUGUCAUGAACUACCUGCCCACCAUGGAGUUCUCACACCCUAAACGGUACUGGGCAGACAUCGACACCCAGCUGAGGCGAGUCGGGUACGAGAAGCGGGUCAAAGUACGCCUGCUGAUCAGCUGCUGGGCCAGCACCCAACCCAUCAUGUUUCCCUUCCUGAAGUCUCUGGCCUCACUUUAUGACCCCAAGAGCAAACUGGACAUCCAGGUGAGGCUGUUUGUGGUGCCUGCCAGCCCCAGACAGAGGGAGAUUCCCUUUGCCAGAGUCAACCACAACAAGUACAUGGUGACUGACAAGAUAGCCUACAUAGGUACGUCUAACUGGUCAGGUGACUACUUUGUCAGCACAGCUGGCUCAGCACUGGUUGUCAAUCAAACUGCAUCACAGUCCUUGGAGCCGACCGUCCAAUCCCAGCUGAAGGCUGUGUUUGAGAGGGACUGGGAGUCCGCCUACAGCACUCCUCUCACCCAGCACUCAAACCUCAAAGACUUUUGUUAGUUUUAACAGCCGAUAUGACAGACACCAUCUCAGUGUGGACGCCUCGAGUCGACACAGUGCUGUAGUUGCACAUUUAUUUUAGUAUUUAAACUUUCACGCAUUUUGCAUGACCCAGCUGAAACAACAGGAGCAUGGACACUCUGUGCUGAUAAAUCAGCUGCAGACGACCUCUCAGCAGAGCGGAGUUUCCCCGUUUGCUAAGGUUCAAAGGAAGAUAACUUCCACUUAACCUGGAGUAUCACAGCUUUAGUGCCAAACUCCAGUUUGACUUAAAUAAUGUGCCAUUAACCAAGUAUAUUGCCCAGUUCUGCCAGCCUUACAUUGUCAAGGGUUGCUCAAAGGUGCCUAAGUGUUAUUUUUAGGCAGAAAUAACUACUUUUUUUUUAGCCAUUUCUAUAAAAGCAGGCACGGGAUUCUAACCGUGUGUGGAUGAUAAGCCACUUUCAUUUUGAGGUACUCUGCAGUAACAUCAGACCAGAAUGUACUGCACCAGCAGUUUUUCUUUUACAAACCUCCAACAGACUUGUAGGAUUAACUUGAAUUAAUCAUGGUGCCCAUCAUGUAGAAGAGGGAGCGCUGUUUCAUCUCUUCAGUCAGGUCUGUUUCAUGAUGAGGCACAAUGAUGUUUUUAACUGGCUCCCGUAGUCACCAUGUUUAAAGAGGGACUUUGCCAAUUUUCAACCAGCUUUGUUUCAUAAAAAUGUGGGUAGUGUGUGUAUAAAUGAACUGUGGUAAACGUCUUACCGGCGCCCAGAUCUCCCUGCUCAUCGCUGACUCCAGGGCUGCUGCUCCAACUACAGGCUUCUGCAUUUUUUGUAUGUCUGCCACCAAAGACACAGAGAGUAAAGCAGCGGAUCAAGACGGACACCUGCCCCUCUCUCUCAAACCAAACUUGGAUCAAAUGAUAAAACUAAGCAGCGCUGAUCAAAUAUAAUAUGCGUAACCUAAUUCUCACCUGAAAUGUUUGCAGAAACAUAUAUUAGUGACCUAUUUAGCUGUAAUACAACACUGUUUGUUGCCAGCCGGCCACUAUAUUGCACUAUAUUGUUUGCUAUGUCAAAGUAGUCAAGCUCGCUUUUCGUGAUCCACCAGCGAGAGAAUUUAUUGGUCCAGUGCGGCGCAGUGCAUUCUGGUAGUUUUUCUACCUCUUAAUCAAAACCAAACACCUCAGCCCUUUUCCUCUGCUUUCUCUGGUUGUGUAGCAGCAGUUAUUUUCAUCUCUUUACUACAGAGACAGCCAAGUAUUUUUAAAGAGCAUCUUCACAGCAGUGAAAUACUUUAAUUAACUUUAACUUUAACUUUUAUUGAUCUAUUCACUGGUCACUUUCUAUUUUUAAAAAUCAAUCACAAUGCAUUAAUUUUCUUCAACAUCUGCCUCAAUGGGAGCUUUUUGAAUCCUAGCUCACCUCAGGGAGUAAAGUCUUUUCUUAACUGAUGAUUUAAGUUUGCUGGAAUCAUUAAUGUUCAUACUGGUGUGCUGUGCUUGUACUGUAAAUAAGAUGCAAGCUUUUUAAAUUCCAUUUUCAGUCCUCAGGACUGUUUUUAAAUAAAUUUAUUUCGAGACAGCAGUGUACACAAUAGAUUGAAAGUUUGCAGCAGCAGUGAAUGGGGAUGGACUCAUUUAAUUUCCACUGUGUGGAGUGAUUGAAACUACCAAUUAGUGAAGAGGUGGUUGUUAUGGCAACUGUCGAAUGAGCGUGUUGUAGCAGCAUGCCUAUAAGAAAGCUCUGUGGCAGUUAUUGUAUACACCUCUUUGUCCUCUUUAUAAAAAAUACUCUUCAAAAAUGUUUUAGAAUCAAA